AUGGGGCGUGACUUACUUGCCCGUGAUAAAAAGCUUCGUGAGAUGCAAACGAAGAAUGCUAAAAAAACAUCAAGAAAGUUAACCAACUUGGGUAAAAAAAAGAAAAUCUCUAGAAAUAUAAGUGAUAGCUUGCGAGACAUAAAAUCCCGUAAAAAUGCUGGACUGCACCAACUUAAAGGCCAUGUUGAAGAUGAUUGGGCUGACGAUCGUUUAAUAAGAAGGGAGACUGAAGACAAUGAUGAUGCUCUUCCUUUGGAUAUGUUAGAUGCUGAUAUAGAUUGGGAAAAGAGUGCUUUUUCCAAUAUGCGAAAGAGAUAUGCGCAAAGAAUGGAAGAAGAUGAGGAAGAUUUUGAAGUGAAGAAGAGAAGCUUCGCCGGACAAUUGAAGCAUGAUGAGGAAGAGAUGUUGCCUAUUAAGCUUCAGGAUGGUAGAUUGAUCAGACCGACACGUCAAAAAGAUGAAGAAGAAGAUCAGGAAGAUGAAGAAGAAAAGCCUGAAAAGGAUGAAGAUGAAACUAAACCGAAGCAAGAGGAUUAUUCACAUCUAUCAGCUUCCGAACUUUUAGCGAAGCGUAAGGAACUGCUCGACGAGUUCAAAGAAGAAAUAUCAACAUCUUGCCAAAGUUUGCUAGGAGAUCCAGAGUCUAAUAUUAUGAAGUUGAGAAAACUGUAUCGCUUAUGUAAAGGUGAAGAAGUUCAUACAUUAGUGCGUGAAACUGUUCAAAAGUUGGCCGUUGUCAGUAUGAUGCAGAUUUUGGUGGAUAUUGUUCCUGGAUAUUCUAUUCGUGUUCUCACUGAUGAAGAGAGACAACAAAAGCAGAAGAAAGAAACCAAAAAGCUUAUCCAAUAUGAAGAGUCUCAUCUGAGAUACCAUCUGAAGUUCUUGCAACUUUGUGAAAAAUUUGCCAUGAAGUUUGAUCCUAAGCACCAUAAGUUAGUGCCUGAAAGUUUCUCUUACAAAAUUGGAUUCCUGUCCCUUAAAGCUCUAUGUCGUAUAAUGGUUACUUGCGCUCAUUUCAACUAUACAACUAACAUUGUUUCCAUGCUGGUUAGAUUAUCUUCGUCAAAAAACAAAGAAGUUGCUACUCUAGCUUGUGAUGCCAUAGCUAAAAUGUUUUCCGAAGAUGUUUACUUAAAAAUGUCCUUGUUUGGAUCUAGAAGUAUAUCCACAUAUAUCACCAAGAUGAAAGGACGAGUUAAUCCUGAUUUGAUCAGAACUUUAUUAAGCCUAACCAUAAAAGAAGUCGAGCAAAGGCAUAAUAAGUCUCAGAAAACUAAAAUUUUUGCUCAACGAGCUCGUGUUAAGAAGGAAAGAUCUAAUAAGACGGCUAGAAAGUAUAAAAAACAGUUGGAUAAGCUCGAAGCUGAUCUUAAGGAAUUGGAUAACCAAGAAGUUCUCAGUGAAAAAUUGAAAAACGCUACUGAAGCCAUGAAGUAUGUCUUCCAAGCCUAUUUCUCAGUACUCAAGCGUAUGCCGGAUCUGAAAUUGUUAGAACCUUGCUUAGAAGGUUUAAGUCAGUUUGCUCAUUUAUUGAAUGUUGAGUUCUUCGAUGACAUUGUGAAGACAAUGGAAGAUUUGGUUGAAAGAAAGAAUCUCCGGAUAGUAGAUCAGAUCUAUUGUAUACACACAGUUUUCAUUAUUCUUUCGGGAGAAGGAAAAAUUCUGAACGUGGAUCCUUCCAAGUUCUAUCGCUCUCUCUAUCGUAUUCUCAAUACUCUACCUUUUGAAGCAAAACCAGAGUUGAAAUUGAAACAGUUGACUGUUACAGCUAAAGCUUUAUAUUGUAUGCUGAAUGAAAGGAGAAAACAGGUACCUCUAUGUAGAGUUGCAGCUUUCGUUAAACGGUUACUUGCUAUAGCUACACUCAUGGAUGAUCCGUAUACACUGUGCAUUAUUAGCAUAGUUCGAUCGUUAUUUAUAGCUCAUCCUAAGAUCAGCACUCUCACAGAUGACGAUGAAUGUGGUGGAGGCGCCGGAGGCAUUUGUCGUUUAGAUAUAGAUGACCCUGAUGUAUCUAAUGCUCUAGGAACGAAUGUAAUAUUGGAGUUAAAACUGCUCUCCAAACGUCGCAAUAGGGACAUCAAGAAGUUCGCUAACAACAUACUUAACGGAUGUCCUUCGACAGGACCGCAUUACAUGCCUCCUAGCUUAGUCAACAAAUUGCCAGAGGAAUUGAUGAAAAUCGAGCUGGAUAACGAUAGUAUGCCACUAGAAAUGAAAUAUCUGAAGGAAUUGGAAGCGUAUUGCAAGAAGAAAGGGCAAGAGUUAACAACGAAGAAUGUUCAGUUCCAUAUAUCCACCUUCCUCGAAAGUCGUCGAGAUAUGAUUUGA